AUUCUUGGCUCGCGAUGGAAUAGACAUGUUGUUGUUUGGGAUUACUAACUGGUUGUACUGUCUGUACAAAUAUGUACAAAAACAUACAAAUGAGAAGCUAGACAAUGUUCAUACAGAGUUUUAUUAUUGUAAACAUAUUCUUUGGGUAAUUAUUAUAUGUAUAUUUCCAUUAGAUCGAGCCGGAGUGUACCCCAUAUUCAUAUUCAUCAUUGCGCGGAACAGAACAUAUACCGCCAAAGAGAGCAUGACACAUAAAACCAGGAGAGGUAGAAAUAAAAGUAAUAAAAGAAGAUAGGAUAAGGAAUAAAUCACUAAAACCACCCGGAACUGCGUAUAUAGCUAGAAAUACAAUCAAGAAAUCCUGUUUGAAAAAAAAAAAA